AUGGAUGCAUGGAUAAAAGCUGGAGCCGACAUCAAUCAAACUGACUAUGAUGGAAGGACAGCUCUUCAUAUCGCUGUUACAACCCGAAAUGAAGAAAUGAUUGAAUACUUAUUGCGCAAUGGUGCAAAUAUUAAUGCGAUAGACCGUUUCGGAAAUACUCCUCUCAGCUUCGCCGAAAACUCCGAAUGGGAAUCAAUUGUGAAAUUAUUAAAGCAGAAACAAAGAAACAGAAAGGAAAAUUAUGUGCGAUUUUCUGUAGAUUGUUGA